AUGGAAAAAGAAGAUGGUUUGAGGACAGUGGAGUGUCUAAGAGGAAGAUUAAUUGCAGAAAGAGCAGCUUCUAAAAAAGCAAAAGAAGAUGCAGACCUUAUGGGAAACAAGCUGAUUGAACUGGAGACAAAGUUGAAAGAAGAGAGCAAAUCAAGAAACAAAGCUGAGAAAAAGCUCAAAUAUUUUAUAAAAAAGCUUGAAUCCAUGAACAUAUGUUAUAUUUCAGAUGAAUCAGAGCACUCAAGUUUGUUUGAUAAAAGUGAAAUUUCAUCUGUUACAUCUACAACAACUACUAGUAACAGCAGCAAAAUAAUCUCUGAACAAAAUUCCCAAUUUAAAGACUCUAUGAUCAGUGAUUUUCAAGAGCUCAUAUCCCAAGAAAACUCAAUCAACUUUGACAAAAAUAGCAAAGAUGAUGACAACAAUUCUAAGGAGCUGGAAUUCUCAAAUUCAGAUGCUAAUAGCUCAAAAUCAUUAGUCCGCGAGGAAGGGGAAAAUGGAGAAGAUGAAAGUUAUUUUCAAGAAGACAAUGUCAAUAACUCUUUGGCAUUAGUUCCACUAGAUUUGCCAAAGCCAAAAUCAAUUGAUCCAAUUGUUCUUGAUGCUACUGUUAGAGAAGUUCUUGAUGCACUAAGGCAUGCUAAAGAGAAACUCCAGACACAAAUGGAGAGAGGGCGCGGUACGAUUAAAGUUGGCUAACUUAGAUAUAUAACAAAUCUUGUUCGUCUUGAUUUAGAGUACCAUGAGGCUAAUUAGUAUUUAUAGUCAGUGAGU